AGAAAAAAAAGGGGGAAAAUUUUGAAAGGUGUGUGAGCCUGUUAGGAUAGUUAUAGUUGACUCUUGGGCCAGCGGCCAUUUCCUUCUCCUUGCCCAAAAUCUACCGUCUCUACUCUCUAGUCUCUACUAUCAUUAUAGUAAAAACCCUAUUCAAUUCACCAUUUAUAAAUUUGAUUGAUUUGAUGAGUUUUCUUCAUUUUUAUUAGCAGAUAUCAAACCCACUAGAAAAAGUUCCAUUCUUUAUUGUUUUGUUUAGAAUAAACUCAAAUUACUGGCAGCCACUCUCACAGUAGAGGGACCAGUUUCUGGUGGCAACCCACCAUUUUGUUCUGUAAUCUGUUUUUUUAAGGGUUCCCCAUUUCCAAAGAUUUUGUACUGGUGAAUUGUUCAGUGAAUAAUUUGCAUUCGUCGAGUAGCUGUGCUGAGCAUUUUCCAGCUGAUUGAUUUGUCGAUCAGUUUUGGGUGGUUAUUUGUGGAUGGGAUCGAAGCCAUGGCUUUAUCCGGCCCCGGCCUAUCGAACUCUGGAGAGCUAUUGGGACAGUGAAGACGACGCGCCGGGGCCGCGUUGUGGUCACACGCUCACUGCCAUCGCCGCCACUAAAACCCAUGGGCCCCGUCUCAUUAUGUUCGGAGGCGCCACCGCCAUCGAGGGAGGCAAUGGUGGAGCUCCCGGCAUUCGGCUAGCUGGAGUGACAAAUUCUAUCCAUUCGUAUGAUGUUCUCACCAGAAAAUGGACAAGACUUCGACCAGCGGGUGAGCCGCCAUCACCUCGGGCUGCGCAUGCUGCAGCAGCUGUUGGAACCAUGGUUGUUUUUCAGGGAGGGAUAGGUCCUGCAGGGCAUUCAACAGAUGAUUUAUACGUGCUUGACAUGACAAAUGACAAGUUCAAGUGGCACCGAGUUGUUGUUCAAGGACAGGGUCCAGGGCCUAGAUAUGGCCACGUCAUGGACUUAGUUGCGCAACGGUAUCUUGUUACUGUUAGUGGCAAUGAUGGUAAAAGAGUGCUAUCAGAUGCUUGGGUUUUGGAUACUGCACAGAAACCGUAUGUCUGGCAGAGGCUUAAUCCGGAAGGUGAUAGACCUUCUGCUAGAAUGUAUGCGACGGCUAGUGCUCGUUCAGAUGGCAUGUUUUUGCUUUGUGGUGGAAGAGAUGCCUCAGGCACGGAUGUCUUCAAAGCAGGGCAUACAAUAUGGCACACUGAUCUGCUGCUGAAUGCCAUUAGCAGAUGCUUAUGGACUACUUAUGCAUCGGAAUGGACAAUGGGAAUGGACUCUUGCACCAGGAGUGUCACCUUCGCCAAGGUAUCAGCAUGCCGCGGAGUGCUCGUUUUUUACCAGGUUUUUGUCGGUGCUAGAUUGCAUGUAACUGGCGGUGCUCUUAGAGGUGGACGAGCAGUAGAAGCUGAUGCGGCAGUUGCAGUGCUGGAUACUGCAGCUGGAGUUUGGCUCGAUAGAAAUGGUCUGGUGACUUCACGAGUAAAUAAAGGACAUAGUGACUCAGAUCCCUCUUUGGAGUCUAUGCGUCGAUGUCGCCAUGCAGCCGCUUCUGUUGGUGUUCGAAUAUAUAUCUAUGGUGGAUUAAGAGGAGAUACGUUGUUAGACGAUUUUCUGGUUGCAGAAAACUCUCAAUUUCAAUCUGAUAACAGUUCCCCUGUAUCGCCAUCAGAGAAAUUGUUCGCCUCUGCUAGUCCAAGAUCAAACACUUCUGCUAAUUUAAGUCCAUUUUCGCCGAUAUCAACCCCAGACAAUAGAUCUGAAACACCAUCUGGUUUUCUGGGUAUGGACAGGAGCUCUAUGGAAAAACUGGCUGAGGCGUCUGCUGCUGAGGCCGAGGUUGCUAAUGCCGUCUGGCAAUCAGCCCAGGCUGCUUCAGCCACUGCUGAGGAAACUUCUUUGUCAGAUGCCAACUCGCAAUCUGCCGAGAACACGAUGUCCGACUGUAGUGAUUCAGACUCUGAUGUUCGGCUUCAUUCUAGAGCGGUAGUUGUUGCAAAAGAAGCUGUCGGGAACCUGGGAGGGAUGGUUAGACAGUUGUCCUUGGAUCAAUUCGAAAAUGAGAGUAGAAGGAUGAUUCCAUCACAUAAUGACUUGUCAAAUCCUACUAAAAAGUUUGCUAGGCAAAGAUCACCUCAAGGCUUGCAUAAAAAGGCAAGUGUUGUUACCAAAGUCAUAUCAACCUUGCUGAGGCCUAGAAACUGGAGACCUCCUGCCAACAGAAAGUUCUUUCUCGACUCUUAUGAGGUUGGUGAGCUUUGCUAUGCUGCUGAGCAGAUUUUCAUGCAUGAGCCGACCGUUCUUCAGCUGAAAGCUCCUGUUAAGGUUUUCGGAGAUCUUCAUGGACAGUUUGGUGACCUCAUGCGAUUGUUUGACGAAUAUGGGUUUCCUUCAACUGCUGGUGACAUAACUUACAUUGACUACUUGUUUCUGGGAGACUAUGUUGAUCGUGGACAGCACAGCUUGGAGACCAUAACUUUGCUCCUUGCUCUUAAGGCAAGUUCUCAUAUCGAGUAUCCAGAAAAUGUCCACCUGAUACGUGGAAAUCAUGAAGCUGCUGACAUCAAUGCACUUUUUGGAUUUCGUAUAGAAUGUAUCGAAAGAAUGGGAGAAAAUGAUGGGAUCUGGGCUUGGACACGUUUCAAUCAGUUGUUUAAUUAUCUCCCACUUGCAGCACUGAUAGAGAAGAAGAUCAUCUGCAUGCACGGUGGAAUUGGGAGGUCUAUCAAUUCAGUAGAACAGAUAGAAAAACUGGAGAGGCCCAUAACAAUGGAUGCUGGAUCAAUUGUGCUAAUGGAUUUGUUAUGGUCUGAUCCCACUGAAAAUGAUAGCAUAGAGGGUUUGAGGCCAAAUGCAAGAGGACCUGGUCUUGUGACUUUUGGGCCUGAUAGAGUCACGGACUUCUGUAAGAGGAACAAGUUGCAACUCAUCAUAAGAGCUCAUGAGUGUGUCAUGGAUGGAUUCGAACGGUUUGCCCAGGGCCAGUUGAUCACCCUUUUCUCCGCAACCAACUAUUGUGGUACGGCGAACAAUGCUGGAGCAAUAUUGGUUGUGGGCAGAGGAUUGGUCAUUGUGCCUAAGUUGAUUCAUCCCCUUCCACCUCCUCUUCAGUCCCCCGAGACUUCCCCAGAACGUGUGAAUGAGGAGACCUGGAUGCAGGAACUUAACAUUCAAAGACCUCCAACUCCAACAAGGGGCCGCCCACAACCCGAGCUCGACCGAAAUUCACUUGCCUAUAUAUGAUUCGCUCCCUGAAUGGACAAACAACCGUUAACAAAUGACGUCUUCAUCGAACACGAGUUCAAUUGGCAAAGCAGCAUGAAAUCCAUCACAAGGGUCUCGUUGCAAUUGGCAUAGAGUGCAAGAUAAUGUAUCUUUUCUUCUUGAAGGUUUGCUGCUCUUCAAUUUGUACUACACAGGCAAGGAUAUUUCGCACAGAGGUGUAAUAAUUUACUGGUGUACAGAAGAUACUUGUAUGAAUGAACCUUUUUAUCUUAUUAUUUUUUCUUGUCGAAUUGUGAAAGAGUUACAGAAUAAAUUUAUAAUUUAUGUAAAGUAUCAUAUAGUGAUUGAUUAGUCAUUUGGGUAGAGGCAGUGUGGUGACUGAUGAUAAGUAGGAUAUUUUUGUUUAAAGAAAUUUGUAUGACUAGAACUGUAUUUGCAAUUGCAUCUUUUUAAGUGGUGUAUAUGAUAGAAUGAUGAGGCUUAUGUUUUAGAUUUGAAGAAGACGGGAAAUCCUGAGUAGUUUUGUCGCUGUUCUUGCUGCUGCCAAUUUUGUUGUCCUAAUAAAAUUGGGUUCGGAUUAUACA